UAUAGCUAUUAAAUCAAAUUUAUUCAUAUUAAAUCACUACCCACUUCUUCACCUUUCCAUUUCAAUAUUCCCAUAUCUCAAAUCAAAUAAUGCAAUAAUGCCCUUUUCCCUUAGUUUUUUGAAUUUAUUCACACUACCCACCGCUCUUAUUUCAAGACCAACAAAAGCUGUAAAAGGCCUAAAAUCAAUAAAAACCUCACCAAUUCAUCACUUCUUUAGGCAUGCCAUUUCAUUGCAUACAUUACUACUACUACUACUACUAUAAUCUUUCUUAUUUUCAUUCUACAUUUUUCCAAUCAUGGGCUAUUUUUCUUGCAAUAACAAAUCGGCAAUUGCCAUUUGCGAUUCCUACAACUUCGAAUUACUAUCAAAGAAUCCCAAAAGGAACCGCCGCCGCCCAUUCAAGAUCGCCGAGUUCGACUUCUCCGACCUCCACUCCGCCACCGACGGCUUCUCUUCCGCCAAAUUGCUUGGGAAGGGCAGCCACGGCUGGGUGUACAAGGCCGAGCUCCGCAAGCUCGGCCUCAUUGCCGCCGUGAAAAAGACCAAGGUUGUCGUCGGCGGGACUGGUAAUCCCGCCGACAAUGAGGUGGAUAUUCUAUCGAGAAUCUACCAUCCCCGGUUAGUGAAUCUAAUCGGGUUCGGGUUAGAUUCGAAUCAGCACAAAUUGAUUGUGGUCGAGUAUAUGCCGAACGGUUCGCUAUUCGACCAGCUCCACGGCCUGGGCAGACCGCCCGGGUGGGUGAAGCGAACCCGGUUCGCGCUGCAGGUGGCUUGGGCGGUUCAAUUCCUUCACUCGUCGCAACCGCCGAUCAUCCACCGCGAUAUAAAGUCGUCGAACGUUUUAAUCGACGGCGAUUUCAACUCUCGGAUUAGCGACUUCGGGCUAGCGCUGAGGGGACACGUGGAGGACGUGCGGCCGGCCGGGACGCUGGGUUAUCUGGACCCGUGCUAUCUUGCGCCGGGCGAUCUGAGCACCAAAUCCGACGUGUUCAGCUUCGGGAUCCUGCUGCUGGAGAUGAUCAGCGGCAGGAACGCGAUCGACGUGAACUACAGCCCGCCGUCGGUGGUGGAGUGGGCGGUGCCGGAGAUCAGAUCCGGCAACCUCGAGGCGAUCUGCGAUCCGAGGAUCGGAGCGCCGGACGACGAGGAGGCGCUGCGGCGGAUGGCGGUGCUAGCGGCGCGGUGCGUGAGGUGCGCGGCGGAGAAGCGGCCGGCGAUGGCGGAGGUGGUGGAGGGCUUGAAGAGCGUGUACAGGAGGAUGAAAGCGGGGUCGAGGAGGUGCGUGAAGGUAGGGGUGGCGAGGGUGGAGGUGAAGGAUGGUGUGGGUAGAUCAAAGUCGAUAGGAGGAGCGGCGAGUGAGAUUAAAUUUGAGGCGUUGGAUAUUGGUAGUGGGAAGAGGGAGGGAUUCGGUGUGAAGAUGUCUACGGUGAGGCUGAGUAGGUCCAAGUCGAUGGGUAUGGUGAGGAGUAGGAGAUUGAUCAACGGAGGGAGGAAGAAUGUGAUUGCAGUUGGGAGUGUAAAAUCCAAAUUACUGCUAGUAGAUUUUGAUGAAGAAUAAAACCGCACUCUAUUAACAAAUUAGACAAUCAAUCAAUAUUCAUUAAUAUGAAUAUGUUUGCAAGUCUCCAUUCCAGCAUCAAAACUAGAGUAUUCUUUACUUUUGCUUUGUAAUCAUAAACUUCUAAAUAUUUGCUAUUUACUCAUUUAAUUAUUUUGUUUAUACCUA